CUCUUCUGCGCUCGCUCUCUCCACCUCUCUCCUCUUUCUCUCUUGCUCCCUUCCUCUCUGCAACUGAACAGUGAAAAUUCACAUUGUGGAUCCGCUAACAGGCACAGAUGUCAUGUGAAAACGCACAUGCUCUGCCAUCCACGCCGCCUUUCUUUCUCUUCUGUUUCCUUUUUUUCCCCCUUGAUCAUUCUCCCUCUUCUUUGUAACUAACAAAACCACCACCAACUCCUCCUCCUCCUCCUCCUCCUGCCGCUGCCCUUCUCCUCCUCCUCAGUCUAAGUGAUCACAAAAGAAAUCUCCGAGCCUGACGCGGUGGCAUUUUAAAAAAAAAAGAAAAAGAAAGAAAAAAAAAGCAAGCACACUGGAGAGAAAGAAAAAAGAAACAAACAAACAAAAGCAAAACAAAACCCAGGCACCAGCCAGCUAGGACAUUUUUCCCCACUCUGCCUGAAAACAAACAAACAGCCAUCAAAGAAAAAAAAAAUAACAAGUCAUCAGCAACAGCAUCAAAACUGUUAGCAUAGCGGCGGCGGCCACCGUCACCCUGUGGCCAGGACAUCUGCCUAAAGGGAUGCUUCUCUCGGCGGAGCAGCAAUUCGCCGACCGCCUCCUUUCCUCGUGCUGAGCGGGAUUUUUGGGUUCUCUGGGGUUCGGGCUGUGAGCUUCAUGACUACGCGGAGCAGGACAGCAGCCACACCAUGCGAGCACAAAUUGAAGUAAUACCAUGCAAAAUUUGUGGCGAUAAAUCCUCCGGGAUCCACUACGGAGUCAUCACGUGUGAAGGCUGCAAGGGAUUCUUCAGGAGGAGCCAGCAGAACAAUGCCUCUUACUCCUGCCCAAGGCAGAGAAACUGUUUAAUUGACAGAACCAACAGGAACCGUUGCCAACACUGCCGACUGCAGAAGUGUCUUGCCCUAGGAAUGUCGAGAGAUGCUGUGAAGUUCGGGAGGAUGUCCAAGAAGCAGCGGGACAGCCUGUACGCUGAGGUGCAGAAACAUCAGCAGCGGCUGCAGGAGCAGCGGCAGCAGCAGAGCGGGGAGGCGGAGGCCCUUGCCAGGGUCUACGGCAGCAGCAUCAGCAACGGCCUCGGCAACCUGAGCACCGAGACGGGCGGCACGUACUCCAAUGGGCACGUCAUCGACCUCCCCAAGUCCGAGGGCUAUUACAACAUAGAUUCUGGCCAGCCGUCUCCCGAUCAGUCAGGACUGGACAUGACUGGAAUCAAACAGAUAAAGCAGGAACCUAUCUAUGACCUCACAUCCGUACCCAACUUGUUUACCUAUAGCUCUUUCAACAACGGGCAGUUAGCUCCAGGGAUAACAGUGACUGAGAUCGAUCGAAUUGCACAGAACAUCAUUAAGUCCCAUUUGGAGACAUGUCAGUACACAAUGGAAGAGCUACAUCAGCUGGCAUGGCAGACCCAUACUUACGAGGAAAUAAAGGCGUAUCAAAGCAAGUCCAGGGAGGCCCUGUGGCAACAGUGUGCCAUCCAGAUCACCCACGCCAUCCAGUACGUGGUGGAGUUCGCAAAGCGGAUCACAGGCUUCAUGGAGCUGUGUCAGAACGAUCAGAUCUUACUCCUGAAGUCAGGUUGCUUGGAAGUGGUUUUAGUGAGAAUGUGCCGUGCCUUCAACCCACUAAACAACACUGUUCUGUUUGAAGGAAAAUAUGGAGGAAUGCAAAUGUUCAAAGCCUUAGGUUCUGAUGACCUAGUGAAUGAAGCCUUUGACUUUGCGAAGAAUCUGUGUUCCUUGCAGCUGACUGAGGAGGAGAUCGCUUUGUUCUCCUCUGCUGUUCUGAUAUCCCCAGACCGAGCCUGGCUGAUUGAACCAAGAAAAGUUCAAAAGCUUCAGGAAAAAAUUUAUUUUGCACUUCAACACGUGAUUCAGAAGAAUCACCUGGAUGAUGAGACCCUGGCAAAGUUAAUAGCCAAGAUACCAACUAUCACGGCAGUCUGCAACUUGCAUGGGGAGAAGCUGCAGGUAUUUAAGCAAUCUCAUCCAGACAUAGUGAAUACACUGUUUCCUCCAUUGUACAAGGAGCUCUUUAAUCCUGACUGUGCUGCGGUCUGCAAAUGAAGGGGACGAGAACUCUCAGAGUCAUGGAAUGCAUCGCCGUUAAGACAAAAGCAAUGUGUUCAUGGAGACUUAAGAAAAAUGUCACUACUGCAACAUUAGGAAUGUCCUGCACUUAAUAGAAUUAUUUUUCACCGCUACAGUUCGAAGAAUGUAAAUAUGCACCUGAGUGGGGCUCUUCUGUUUGUUUGUUUGUUUGUUUGUUUGUUUGUUUUUGAAAUGAUCAUAAAUAUACAAAUAUAGGACACUGGGUGUUAUCUUUUUUAAUUUUAUUCGGGUAUGUUUUGGAGACAACUGUUUAUAGAAUUUUAUUGUAGAUAUAUACAAGAACAGAGCCGUACUUUACAUGAUUACUUUUCCUGUUGAUUGUUCAAAUAUAAUUUAAGAAAAUUCCACUUACUAGGCUUACCUAUUUCUAUGUUUCUAGAUAGUUGAUGCAUGUGGAAAUUUGUAACUGUCUUGGAAAGUACUGUGCAUGUAUGUAAUGAAUAUAUAAUAUGUAAGCGUAUUAUAUAUGACAAUUACGUAUUCAUGCACUGUGGCUUAAAAUACCAUGCCCACUAGCAAUGGAGGUUCGGUCAGGCUCUCUCAUGUGAUUUGCUUUCUGUCAUAUGUUGCUUUUGUGUUAGACAAUCAGGGUUUUCUUUUCCAGCCAGAGUUUUCAUCCAUACAUAACAACAGGAUAGCACCCAUUCAGAAGCAAGUCCACAAAGAAAUUGAUGUAACUGCUACCUGGAAGUUCCAUUUCUAUCAAGGACUUUAAAGCUCCAUCAAGAUAGCACAUACUGGGGGUAGGGCGAAGGGAUUUGAAGCCAUCUUCCUGUUUUACCAAUUGGGUUGCAGACAGACAACAGCAUUUCCUGUUUCUCACCAGAAUUCAAAAUAUUGGGGUUUGGAUUUCAAACGGUAAAAAAUAAUUACUUUGGUGAUUAUUAUUUCUUCAACCAAAAAAAAAAAAAGAUAAGUCUAUAGAUUACUACCACCAUCAAUGUUUCCAGAAAUAUAAGACAAGGUCCCUUUGCCAUUUUCUGUAGACAUUUUCUAAACGUCUUUUUCCCAAAGAACAGAAAGAAAUAGAGCAUACAAAGUAAAAAAAGUAAUUUAUUAAAUUAAUACUCAUGAUAAUUAGUUAGAAAACAUGUUAAUAGAAGGAGAAAGCAGGCUGAAGCUGGAGGCCUCCAAUCUUUCAACUGCAGAAAUUCAGAAGAUUGGAAAAAAAUAAGACUUCUGUCUCUGGGACUGAUAUAUCCCAAAGCCAAAAUUCUUUCCUACACAAUUCCCAAUGAUGUCCUCUUUCCAUACUGGUUAUUUUUUAGCCACUGAAAAGUAUAGAAUGGAAGGGUGAUCUAUACAGGUUCUUUCCCUGCUCUCCUUUGAAAUUAAGCACCAGAAAAGCAUGAGCUUGAAGCCAUUUGCUUCCCCAGUCCCUGGAAGGCCUAGGCCUUUAGUAUGUUUGGUCCAAACUAAGACAUUCCCAGAAGCACCUGGAGGAUAUAUUUGCGUAUAAGACACCAAAAGCUAUGAUGUACUAUAAGUGCAGUACAGCCCCCAAGUUAUAAAAACCUGUCCUUUCUCCUUGCACACACACACACACACACACACACACACUCAUGCAUGCACACACUCAUGCACCACACCCCUUCUUUGUAAAAUCUCCAUCAGAAGAAACUUUGUUUUGUUUUGUUUUGUUUUGCUUUUUAAUCUCUUAUGCUCUCCCAAAGUUCUUGGUUGAGAGUCAUCUUCAGGAUGCCUCAGAAUGCAUCAAAACAGUUCUGUUAGUCUCUCCUUUCAGAAAACAGGAGCUUUUCUCACCUCAUGAUUGAUGAAUUCUAAGCCAUUGGGGGAAAACAAAAAGACUUUAAAAUAAUGAAUCUCUUUUUCAACCACUGUUAUAUUCAAUUAAUUUAACUACAUUGAACCAAAUUACCUUUGGUUCUGAGCAGACAGCUGUAGAGUGCUUAUUAUGCUGCUACAGGGACUCGGUUCUUUUUGGUGUAAAUGUCACUCCUGCUAGCUCUUUGUAUAAAGAAUUAAUUCCAAGAGUCAUAUUUCCUUCUAAUGGAAAGAUUACUCUACUGAUUGCUAGGAAAACAGGGUAAUGAAAGGCACUCAAUUAAGCCAAGCCGCUUCCAAAUGCGAUAUAUGUUUUAUGAUUGGCUUGUGACAGGCAAUGCUUACUGUGUUUACUUGGUGUUCCCCUUUGAGCUUUGAACUCAUGUCAAACUUUGUUUUCAUCAUUCUGUUGGCCCAGUGUUUUCCAUUGUCAGCCUAUAAAUCCCACUAGGAUGCGAAGGGAAUCGUUCAUUGCUUUCAAUUUACCUUGGAGGAUUUACUUUGACUCAAUUGAUGAAGUAGCUGAGAAUUUUUUCCUCCCUUGUCCCAUGGGUGGUGUAGGAAAAAGAUUGUUCCCCCACAUCUGCCUCAGGAGGUACUGGUUUUGGAAUUUUGUCAUUUCUACUAGUUCCAGCAUUUCAUUGGAACAACAUGAACCUUUUGAAGCACCAACAGGAAACAGAGCUAGGAACUGAACCAGAACCAAAUAGUGAUAACCGGUACAGGCUCAGCCCACUUUCUGUCCAGAGGAGAGAGUCCAGCUUUGGCUUCAGUUGCCAAAGUUUCCCUUAAAUGAGAAGCAAGUCAUGUUUUUAAUGGUAAGAAAGCCUUUAAACAGUGACCUUUGAACGUCUCAGUGACCACAUGAAAUUUCCGUAAGAAAAACUCUCUUUACCACACACAGCCUCAGCAUGCUGCUCCUUCUCCUGAGAGCUGGCCACUGUUCAAGAUGUACAAGGAUGAGGUAUGCAGGGAAAGAAGGAGCAGGGGUCUGCCGUCUCCUUCCUGCCUCAAGGAUGACAAUCACUGCUUGACGCAGACGUUGCACUGAAUCUGCUCAGGGAUGCUUCAUUCAGAGAGAAAGAAAGAAGGAGAGAGAGAAAGAAAGAAAGAAAGAAAGAAAGAAAGAAAGAAAGAAAGAAAGAAAGAAAGAAAGAAAGAAAGAAAGGGAAAGUGGGAGAGAAAAGAGGGAAAAUGCAUCAAGGGGGGACAAAACAGGAAGAUGGGAACAAAAUGUAAAUGGCAUAAAUUGUACUUGCCAGUGAAAGGCCCUCUCUGAAAGGCUUCAGGUCAGCCGCAGUGGCUUCCGGUCAGAAAAAAAAAAAAAAAAGGAAUGGAAUUCCUUUUCUUCUUUGGAUCUGCCAAAAAGUUCUACACACAUAAGAACACUAGAUUUCUUCUCUAAAGUGAGCAAAGAACAAAACAACGUAGCUGGCCCCACUCAUCUCCCAGUCAAUCCAGGCUUCCUGUGUAAAUCCUUAGCAAAGGAAAUGCAGGGGUGUGAUGGUCAGUGGAUGAGUUGACAGGCUGUGUGGAUGACUAUGGAAAUGCAUCUGUUCUCCAUAGACGGAGAGGCAAAUUCUGGAGGGAAUAUGACAGAUUUCAAAUUUUAGUUGACAGUUACAAAUGGCCAUGCUGUCCGUGACUUGGGCUAUCUUUGUGUCACUUUUUAGGGCUCUCUUUUAUUCCCAAAUUAGACAUUGAGGGUCAGGAUAUACUUUCUGAACAUACUUCCUGCAUUUUCUUUGUCUUAAUACUUUCUUCAGGCCUCUGGGCUAAAUGACCUAUAAGUAAAAAGCAGAGAAUACCGUGGUCUUCAGUGAUUAAACUCCUCUGGCAGUAGCUCGGAGACUCUAAAUUGUACCCAAAUGAAUAUUAGCAAGAGGCAUCAGGGACAUCAGCGCAUUUCCACUGUGGCUGCUUUAUCAAGCAGUUACUUCCUGGCAGUCAAGCCAAACUAUUUGCAGGAAACCUUGCAAACAGAUAGCGAGCUCCCACUGGCUCUCCAUAAUGCUACACAUAAGGGGCUCGAAUUCUAAAACAAUGCUUGGGUCCUAAAGACAACCUAAAAUUUCCCUGUGUUGUGUUUUCCCCCACAAGCACCAGAAAUGAGUAAUGUCAGUGUCAUUCCACAUUCUUAGUUUUCUGUUUAUUCCAGAAACAGGAAUAUUUUUGACUGCUGUCAAAAUCAUUUCCUGGCUUUUUCUUAUUAUUAUUCCUCUGUAUUAACUUUUGUUUCUAGUGAAAUUACCACAAAGGGCAGUCCAUUCGGGCAAGGGUGUCUCUGUUCUGACAAGCACCAGUCCGUAGCUAGCAGUAGCUCUUAAGAACGCAUCUGAAACUUCUGCAGGCCUUUUAUAAAGAAAGGAAACACUACCAUCUCCAUGAGGCACUAUUUGACAUUUUUGCAUGCAUAGCCAGAAGAGAGGCUUGGGGUGGGAAGCCGUGCGGCCUUUGGGAAACAGGCUGAUAACCAUUUUUCUUUUUGAGGGGAGUAUGUUUCAGAACCGGAGGUGCCUGCCUACUUAAAUCAACAGAGUCAAAGCUCAAAAUCCCAAAAUGGCAAGGAACAGAUCAAAUAGUGUUGCAGAGCUAUGGUAAGCUGGCAAGGAAAAUGCCCCGCCCCGCCUACAGCAGAACAGCCACCAUUUGGCAGAGGGCACGUGCUGUCAGUGCUUCUGAGUUACGUAAGCUGUCUCGGGUUGUAAAUGAUGAAAGUUGACUCGGAGAAUAGCACAGACCAAACAAACACAACUCUGGGCAGAAGAGGGCCUUUCGGUGCCAGCUUGCCCCCCUCCCCUCUUGUUGAUAUCAAAAAUCGCAUCUGGAAAUCGAUUCGGUUAGAGCCAGUGAGACCAGAUGGGAUGGAGGGUAACAUUAGAAUGAGUCUAGUACAGAGGGUGAAAGGAGAGAUCUUGCCUUUCUCGUUCUCAGUUUAGUUUCCAUAUUUACCAUCACUGCUCAAAGAUAUGAUGACAGGUGGCUUGAACAAAGUAGCAGUCGAAAGAUAAAGGCAAAUCAGUUGAAUGAUGGUUUACAAAAGACACUUCUAUGUGUCCCAUAGAGCUCUGCUAUGGAAGAGCCAGAGGGAGCUAGAUUUCUUGUCCAUUUUUUUUUUCUGAAAGUCAGAUGUAUAACUUUCAUGUUUUUGAGCCUGUACAUGUGUCCUUAAAUGUAUGGCUUCAAAUCAGUGACACUUUCUCUCAGUCGCACAUUUCCGAGCAAUUUAUUCUGUCAUCAAGAUAGCCUCGCCCCCUUGCUCUGAAGUUCGGGUCACAGGUCACUGGUUCCUACGCAGCAGGUGGGAAACUCUGUCUGUGCACUUUUUUCCUAAGCUGCUAAAAUUCCUCCGAGGUGAACUGGUCACAGCAACCAUUGUUUCCUGCAUGACCAAAGCACAACCUACAGUGGAUCAGAGAAACCAGGCCAAUGGCUGUUCUCAUAGCCAAGUCUCAAGCACAAAGAUUACUGGAAUUAAACAAGCCCAACUAUGGGAAAUGCACGUGUCUGCACCCCUGUCGACAGCGUGAGGCUCAUAUCACUUACGCCCUGCCUGUGGCUAAUGGUGAACCCUCCCAUGUCACCAGCACAGCCAUACAUAGACACUCAUAAAGCCACAAGCUCCACACCCAAGCACAGCACCAUUCGCUUCAUCCCAUUAACACACAUCCAAGAAUGAUAACCACACCCACAGAAAACGGAGUAUGUAUUGUAGAAAUGUAGAGGAAAAAUAAAAAUAUUUUUUCAAAUGUAAUUACUUUUAAUAUAUGCUUGUGGAAGGUCUAAUACAAUGUAAGCUGUCUCUGUAAUUUUUGCUGUAAAUAACUGGAGACAGUGAAUACACUGAUUUUUCUAUGUCUCUGUUUAAGCAUAAGACUUUGUAACAAUUUUUUAGAGGGGGAUAAACAACAAAGAUAAAAUAUGUACUUGCUUCCUUUCUGAGUGUUAUGUACCUCUCAGUUUUUUAAAUGGAAAAUGGUUGUAAUGGUUUAAGCAUCCUGACGGGUCAUCAGUGUUAAGUGUGUGCUUCUUUUUGUAAUACAACUAAGAAAGGGACAGGGCUAUCAAUUAACUGCUCCAAAGAAUUCCUGUUGAAGAUUGGCCUAAGACCUGAAAACUCCAUUUAAACGAAACAACGUGGAAAAAGGAACGUUUAAAAAGAAACUGUUUGUCUAAGUGAAGUUGUCUUGCCUCAUAGCAAAUGGCUCUGUCCAAACCCAUUCUGCAAGGAAUAGCUUAAGGAAAACAAAUCCUGAUUUCUGAUGAACAAAAUAUUUUUGUACAUGUUUAUUUCGUAUUAAUAACCCGAGGUCAGACUACUCAUUCGCUGAAGCCAUAACUGACCUCCACCAAAUAAAUGUUGUAAAGAAGCUGGGGGAGGGUUGGGGAGAGACUGAGAGGUAGAAAAAACCUGAGAUGUGACUAUAGCAACGCAGGCGAGAGCAGGGCCAGUGAAACUGACGUUUUGUUCCUGCAUCCCAAAUAUGACUUUAAAAGGGUAGUAUUUUAUGAUGAUCGCUUUAUAAAAUUAAAAAAAAAGAUAUUUAGUUAAAUGAGACUUUCCAGUAUUUUUGAAAUCCCUGACAAUGCUUCCUUGCUUUUAGGAUUGAGAUAAAUGACUUUCCUAUACUUCCAGUGUUCUGAGGUUUAAAUGCUUCUGCGUAGCUCUCGCCUACAGUACAAGGUGCAGAGCCACUGAGUCCCGAGGUGAAGCCACGGACUGUCUGGGGCUUGGCUACGCCUCCUCCCCAGCUGCCCCCGGAGGAGCAGUGUGAAAGGCACGGCUAGCUCCCUGGCAUGCCACUGUUGGCAGUGCCCCAACGUUGCAUUGCCACAAGUGUGUAAAAUCAAAGCAUUCGUUCUGAAAAGCUAAGUCUACUUUUUCAAAAGAGCAAUGCCUCCUGUAGUCAACCACUGAUUCUUCGGGAGCUGGAUUAUGCUAUUACCAUGUACUCUUACCAGCCUAUAGAGGCAAAAGGCAAACUACAAGUAAACCCAGUGAUUUAUGUAGUUUUUAAAUCUACAAUGUUCUGAUCUCUCUCUUUCUCUCUCUCUCGAUCUCUCUCUUUCUCGCUCUCCUUGUUUAAUAUAUAAGCCCUAAUUUCUGUGUAUGUGAGUAAAACUGCAGCCUGAGUCAUUUAGGAAGUAAGCAUUGAAUUUUUUUUAAUUAUAAAUAUAAUAGAUUAAA